AUGCCUGUUACGGACGCACUCCCAGAGCCACCUCUCACCCCAGCCGAGCGGGCUAUUGUUAAGUCCUACGGCGGCUGGACUGCCUUCAUGCACAGCUUCGGCCUGAAACCUUUCAUAGAGGAGGACGCCGAGGAAGGAAAGAAGAUCCUGGAGGCAUUUACUCAACCGGAUGAAGAAGAAGACAACUAG